GCAUUAUUGAGAAGAAAUAUUUAAAUAAAAAAAUAUUUUUUUCUAUUUUUAAAACAACAACUACAGUUAAUACAAAAUGAGCAAACUCUUGACUUCUGCUGACAUCGAAGACGGUAAGGUCGAGGUCGAUCCCGUCACCAAGGCCCGCACCGAAUACAAAGUUAUCGAUGGCGGUUAUGAAGUACGCACCAUCACCCCUCAGCCAAAUGGCACUUUGAAGACCUCUGUACGCACUUUCUGGGAUCCCAAGCCCGUCAGCGAGGAGGAUAGGAAGCGUGAGGUGCAAAGUAAGUUGGAAAUUCGCAAGCGUUUCGGCAAGGAGAUCCGCAUUGACAGCAAGACCACCAUGUUGACGCGUGAGAUCGAAGGUGGUUACGAGGAGGUGUACACUAUCGUCAAUGAGGAUGGCACACGCAGCACGCGCACCAAAACCUUCUUCGACUCUGUGCCUACUGAAAUACCCGAUAACGCUCCUGCAGCGGAUAAGAAUAAGAGGAAGACCUUGGUGAAGAAGUCUUCGGUGGACUCCACUGAUUCAACCGAAUCGCGCCGCAUUGUACAACGCACCGAUCAACAGCAGGGUAACUUCAAACAGCAAACCACUAUGGAGGAGUCGCGUCGCUUUACGCAGAGCAGUGAGGUAACGGAGAACAACCGCACUGUACGCAAAAAUUCGGUUCAAGAACAGAACAUUAAGCAGAUCACCUCAUCGAGCGGUGGUGUUGAGGCGAUCAAGGACAAGAAGAAGAAGAAGACCAAGUCAAACAUCCCACCACCACCACCAGACUUCAUCGAGAAUGAUACGACUACGGUGACUUCGAAGCGUGUGCCACAUGGCGUGGAAUACACUUACUCUACUAAAUUGGAAUCAGGCAAAACUAUUACCACUUCGAAGACUGUCUACGAAGAAGAGGAGGCGGAGCUGACUGAAGAAGAGAUUCGUGCUUACAAGAAAACUUUGAAAGAUGCUGAGAAACAUAAGAACGUCACCUCGACGAAGAAGCUCAGAUCCGAAUCGGGCACAAAGAAAAUUGUACCAUCUGAGAAUCCCGGCGAUGUGACCACCGUCGAGACCAUUAAAAUCGAAGGUGGCACCGAAUAUCACUACACCACCGUCACCGCUGAGGGUAUUGUGAAGAAGGCGGUUAAGACCGUUUACGAUCCGGUGGCGAGCCAAGCUGGCGAAGAGAGUGAGGAAGAGAUUGUAGAAGAGUAUGAGGAGGAGAUUAUCGAGCCGGGUGAGAAGAAUAUUCGCACCAUUGAGACUGUGAAGAGUUUGCCUAAAAAGUUCGAAGAGGAAGUCACCGUCACCCAUGAGAAGACCGAGAAAAAGGUAAAGAAGUCCAUGAUGAUCAGCCACUAAAAAGCUUAUUGCUGAAGCGCUUUGCUACAAACCGGUAGAAAAAUGCGGCGCGUAAGAUUCGUAGAGGAUGCCUAUCAUUUUAAUAUGAAACACAGACACACACACACACACACA